ACACACAUAUAUACACACCCUCCACCCCCAUCGCUGCAGUGUCUCAACUGCCUUGGAGCAAGCAAGAGAGGAUAUAGAACACAGACGUUCAGAAGACAGAGGAAGAGGCCCACUGAAACACAUCCACACACACAUACACACACACACACAUAUGCAAACAUGCACACAUAUUUACAGACACACACACAUACACACACACACAAAGAUGUGCUCGUGUGUGAGAGCCAAUGAAGAUGAGGAUGGUAUGAAGAUUAAGCGGAGGCACUAGAGGUGCAUUGCACAGAGGCGUUCUCUCCCAGCAAAGGGCUUGUCUGCAGUCUCCUGUAUAAAUGGAUGCUGGAUUGUGAGCACGGACUUCUGUUGUUGAGGAGAAAUCUCUCAAGAGAGCAAGCAAAAAAGAUUGUAUCUGGAAGAUCAAGAAAAACAGGCCAAAUAUUGAGCAAAGGUGGAUGGUUGAAGAAGCCAAAUAAGGGCAACGCACCACAAGAGCCAUGUGGGAAGAGAAUGACUGGGAUUCCUUAUAUGAAUGCAUCAAGUCCAAACACUUUCUCUACUGACAUAGUGAACUUUUCUCAGCCUGCUGCCACAGCUUUUCCUCAGGGGGAGUCCCUGCUAUGAACCCCAGCUCCAUUGGCUUCAGCAGGCGGUUCAAGCUCAGUGCCAGGCACUGUGUGGGCAUACCACAGGUCUGGGUUCUGCCCACACAGAACAUACAGACUGCCCCAGAAAGAAAAGGAAUGAAAAAGUCCUGAGUCACUUCUCUCUAACUGUGGCUUAACUGCUAAGAGUUGAACUGGUCAGUUGCAAAAUUCUAAUCUUCAAGCUUCAGCUCCUCCACCAACUGCUCUUUGAUUAACCGCUUCCUCAUAGUUAGCUGUCCCAUCCUGCAGCAGCACGAGUUCCUUUACAUUUUCCACGUGGUGGAGGACCAUGGGGUGCCGCCAGAGCUCGGAGGAGAAGGAAGCAGCGCGGCGCUCGAGGCGAAUCGACCGCCACUUGCGCUCGGAAAGUCAGCGGCAGCGGCGCGAAAUCAAGUUACUGUUGCUGGGUACCAGCAACUCGGGCAAGAGCACCAUUGUCAAGCAGAUGAAGAUCAUCCACAGUGGUGGCUUCAACCUAGAGGCCUGCAAGGAGUACAAGCCUCUGAUUUUGUACAAUGCCAUUGACUCACUGACCCGCAUCAUCCGUGCCCUCACCACCCUUAAGAUAGACUUUCACAACCCUGACCGCGCCUACGAUGCCGUGCAGCUCUUUGCCCUCACAGGUCCAGCAGAGAGCAAAGGAGAGAUCACCCCAGAGCUGCUGGGGGUGAUGAAGCGUCUGUGGGCGGACGCUGGGGUCCAGGAGUGCUUUCAGAGGUCCAAUGAAUACCACUUAGAGGACAACACGGCCUACUACCUGAACGACCUGGACCGCAUAUCUGCGCUCGAGUACAUCCCCACUGUAGAGGACAUCCUGCGCUCCCGCGACAUGACCACAGGCAUUGUGGAAAACAAGUUCACCUUUAAGGAGCUCACCUUCAAGAUGGUGGAUGUGGGUGGACAGCGUUCGGAGAGGAAGAAGUGGAUUCACUGUUUUGAGGGCGUGACUGCAAUCAUUUUCUGUGUUGAGCUAAGUGGCUAUGACCUCAAGCUCUACGAGGACAACCAGACGAGCCGCAUGGCCGAGAGCUUGCGUCUGUUCGACUCCAUCUGCAACAACAACUGGUUCACCAACACGUCGCUCAUUCUCUUUCUCAACAAGAAGGACUUGCUUGCCGAGAAGAUAAAACGCAUCCCUUUGACAGUGUGCUUCCCUGACUACAAAGGCCAAAACACCUACGAGGAGGCGGCUGUCUAUGUGCAGCGGCAGUUUGAGGACCUCAACCGCAACAAGGAGACCAAGGAGAUCUAUUCGCACUUCACCUGUGCCACUGAUACCAGCAACAUCCAGUUUGUGUUCGAUGCUGUCACGGACGUGAUCAUCCAGAACAAUCUCAAGUACAUUGGUUUAUGCUAGGACCUGACGCUUGGUGGGAGGAGGGGGUUGGUUUGGGAUGGGGUGAAGCGGGCAGCUCGGCAGCCCACCGUCAGGCUGCAUGUUAGUCUGUCUGCCCGACUGUUUUUCUCUUUGAAGGAGACGCAACAGGGAACUGAGACGGUAGCAAGAUGGCCGAGCUAUGAACGAUACUGUAGAGUCAACUGUUUGGAUUGGAACGACAGAGCUGAUAGACUGUGGUCAAAAUGGGAUUUUUAUCCUAUGUGUUUGCACUGAUUAUGAGUAUGCAGACACACACACACACACACACACACACACACACACACACGCACGCAUCUGUAUCGUUUGUUCUCACACAAGAUCUCUGAAUCAACAGUCACGCUCUCGUUUGAUGAGGUCACACUGAAAGCCCGUCAAACCAGAGACUGAAUAGUGCUGGCAGGUUUCUUUACUUUUAUCUUCUUAAUAUUAUUUGCCUGAGUCAAUUAAUGCUGCUUUAUGAAAAGAAUUCUGACAAAUCAAUGCUGUGUUCAAGAUCUUCACCCAAACUAUAAGAAACAGAUGAGAUGUAGAGAGGGCCUCUGUUUCUGAGGGGGAGCGUCAGUAGAUAUGAUUCCACAGGAUUUCUGCCUAAAAAUGUAAAAAAAAAAAAAAAGUAAACUGCCACAGACUAAAAUGGAGGGAUGCGUGUUUUUAAGAAAAUUUCCCCCCCUCUGGUUGACCCUCUAUUGCCCCCCCCCCCCCCCCCCCCCCCAUUUUGUUCAGUCUUUCUGUGCUUGAAAAAAUAGAAAACGUCUCUCAAACCUGCUCUUUCUAGCGGGUCCCUAGCUUUUAAUACCAGGAGUAUGUUACACCCAGUAGAGCUAAAAGUAUUUGCGAUCAUUCCGAGUUUCCAGCAAGAGACGACAAAAACAGUGCCAAGAUUAGUUUGUAAAUAAAUUCAGAUCCCGUUCAUUAAUAUUUUAUUUUUGUUCUGUUGUUAUGGACAAAUACAUUAAAACAUGCAUGAUUUUGUUACGUUGGGAUACUAAUAUAUUUUGUUUCAAUUUUUUUCUCUUUUCUUUGGUUUUAAAUAAUAUAUUCCCAAAUAUAUAAAUAUAUAUAAAAGUCAAACACUGUGUGCGAUUGUACAGUUCUCAGAGAGAGGAAUCUAUUGAAAAAGAGAUAUAUCAAUAUAAAAAUUGUGAUAAUAUUGUUAUAUUGACCAAGAUUAUUAUGAUGGUGACUAAAGUAAUGACAAUGAAAACUUCACUUUACUGUUUUAUACGGAAGGAAAAAAGCGGAUCAAAGGAAAACGAGAAAUUUGAAAAAGACAAACCUUGAAUGCUCAAUCUUCCUUUAUUAUCCAAGUGAAAAUUGUCAGUUGGUAUGAUGUGUAAAUAUGCUGUAAGGUACACUCUUUGCUCGGACACAUAAAAAUAACAGGUUGAGUUGGUAAGAUAAAGAUGUGGUGAGAGGGAGAGGAGGAAGAUCGUCCUCCACUCUUCCUCUUUCUUUUCAGUCACAGAACAACGCAACCAAGGGCUUCAGGUCUGACUUUACAGGAUGUCCACUUUAACUAAAGAAAAAGAAUAAAAAAAGACAGUGAGAUAAAUAUAAAAAGGACAACAACUAUGAAUAAAACAACUUAUGCAAAUUUUUAUGUUGUAGUGAAUGUGUUUUUGGGUGUUGAUUGUGUCAGCAGUGCUUUAAAUGUGUUUGGGAUGGAAAUGUUCACACUGUUACAAGUCGGCCACGCAUCUUUCUUCUUCUACUAUAAUUAUGCAUCAAAAUGAUUUGCAACCUGGAAAAAGGACGCCCUGUCCAAAAUCCAUGCUUCCGUCCUCAGUGUCCAUACUCAUGGUAUAAAAAGGGUUUGUCCUCUGCAUACAAUGUAGCCACUGGAGCAAGAAAAAUUUGGGCAUGAAGUAUGCAAUUAAAUUACUCCUGAAUGAACUUGGCCUCUGUGUGGUGGGAUGACAGGGUACAGUGGUAAAAGGAUUCCACUCUAAUUAGUGUAUAAACUCUAGCUGACCCAAAAAGUCUGUUAGUGGGUCUGUCACAUGCAAAUCUCUUUUCCAAAUGUAUUAAUAUUAGAAUUUUCUCACAGCAAUACAAGUCAGGUCUUUCAGAAGAAAAACAAGCUUUCAGUAGGACAAGGAAAUCCAAUUUUAAAGUCGAUUUGUUGCGCACAGUGGGGAUGUUUUCAUAUUUAUAACAUUAAACAAUAUUUCUAAUGCUUUAACGUUGGUUCUGUAGAACAGUUAUGAAUCAUUAUUAUUUCCUUAUGCGUCAGGGAGCCCAAGUCUCCUCCCCUUCCGGUCAGCUCACGGGUUGCCUGAACAAAGAUAAAUGAGUGAAUGGGGCUAGAAAAGAUGUUUUCUAAUGUGCUUUGCCUUACGCCCUCAAUCACACGUAUGUUGUACUGCAGUUUAAAUGAAUAACAGUUAUGUGUGUUUUACCCAUGUCUGAUGUAAUCUGAGAUUUAUUAGUCUGUAAGAAUCUGUAAUUAAAAUCAGAAGUUACAUCUA